AUGGCUUCUCUUCCUCUUCCCACCAUCCCCAACCCUCCCUCCUCCCCAAAAAGGCCCAUCAAAACCCUCCAAAAAUUCCAAUCUUCCGAGUCUCAUCACCUCUCCAAAUACCCAAAGAAGCUCAAAAGCUCCCAAUUCUCGACCAAACCGUAUCUCCAGCAAAUCUCCUCCCUAUGUAAACAAGGCUUGCUUCACGAAGCCUUUGUCCUUCUCGCACGAUUGGAGUCCGACGACCUCCCCAUCGGCCCCGAAACAUAUGGGGAAUUGCUUCAGGGAUGCGUCUACGAGCGGGCCUUUUCCCAAGGUCAGCAAAUCCAUGCUCGGAUCCUCAAAAACGGCUCUUUUUUCUAUAAAAACGAGUAUAUAGAGACCAAAUUGUUGAUUUUUUAUGCGCAAUGCGGUUGCUCCGCGAGUGCCGAGGAGUUGUUUCUCCGGCAGUCGAUGCCCAAUGUUUUCUCUUGGGCGGCGAUGAUUGGGUUGCGCUCUAGACUUGGUUUCAGUGAGAAAGCUCUCAUGGGAUUCAGUGAAAUGCUGGAAGCCGGCGCUUUUCCAGACAAUUUUGUUAUCCCGAAUUCUCUGAAAGCAUGUUCCACCCUUCAAUGGAUUGGGUUUGGAAAGGGGAUUCAUGGCUAUGUCUUAAAGAUGGGAUUUGCUGGUUGUGUCUAUGUUCUGAGUAGUCUCGUGGAUUUUUACGGGAAAUGUGGGGUUCUGGAGGACGCAAGGAAGGUUUUCGAGUAUAUGCCUGAGAGAAAUGUGGUUACUUGGAAUUCAAUGCUUGUAGGUUACGUUUAUAAUGGCCGAGAUCAGGAGGCUGUGGAGCUAUUUUAUGAUAUGAGAAAUGAAGGUAUUCAGCCAACUCGGGUCAGCAUUGCAAGCUUCCUAUCUGCAUCGGCAAAUUUGCAAGCUCUUGAUGAAGGUAGACAAGGUCAUGCAAUCGCAGUCUUGUGUGGGUUAGAGCUUGAUAACAUUCUGGGUAGCUCUAUCAUGAACUUUUACUGCAAGCUAGGACUGAUAGAGGAGGCAGAGUUCAUGUUCAGCCAGAUGGCUGAUAUGGAUGUCGUGACCUGGAACUUGCUGAUAUCAGGUUAUGUGCAAGAUGGACAGAUUGAAAAAGCUCUUUACAUUUGUUGUCAGAUGAGGAAGAGAAAAUUUAGAUUUGAUUCUGUGACUCUGGCAUCUAUCUUAUCAGCCUGUGCUGAUUCCUGGAUGCUAGAACUUGGCAAGGUUGGGCAUGGUUAUUGCAUUAGAAAUAAUUUUGAAUCAGAUGUAGUUAUUGCAAGUAUCCUGGCAGAUUUGUAUUCAAGAUGUGGGAGGAUAGACUAUGCGCAGCGAGUAUUUAAUGCUACAACUUCAAGAGAUUUGAUAUUAUGGAACACAUUGAUUUCUGCAUAUGCACAGUAUGGCCUGAGUGGAGAGGCCUUGAAAAUUUUCUAUCAGAUGCAGCUGGAGAGUGUGCCCCCAAACGUGAUCUCAUGGAAUUCAGUUAUUUGGGGUUUUCUAAGUAAUGGACAGGUCAGUGAGGCCAAAGAUAUGUUCUCACACAUGCAAUUCAGUGGGGUGCGUCCAAACCUAAUCACAUGGACUAUGCUAGUUCAUGGGUUAGCUCAAAAUGGAUAUGGUUAUGAGGCAAUUAAACUAUAUGAGCAACUGCAAGCAGUAGGCCUCAGACCCAGUCCUAUGAGUGCUGUAGGAUCACUCUUGGCCUGUACUAACCUGGCAUCAUUACAUUAUGGAAAGGUUAUGCAUGGACAUGUCAUGAGACGAGGACUCUUAUCCUCUGUUCAUGUUGCAACGUCUCUCAUAGACAUGUAUGCUAAAUGUGGAAGCUUGAAACUUGCGAAGAAUGUAUUCGAAAUGGUUUCAACUAAGGAGCUGCCUCCUUACAAUGCAAUGAUAUCUGGGUAUGCAUUGCAUGGUCAAGCCAAAGAAGCUCUCACACUCUAUAAGAAGAUGCAUCAGGUGGGAGUGGAGCCAGAUGAGAUUACCUUUACUGGGCUUUUGUCAGCAUGUAGCCAUGCAGGACUUUUUGAUGAAGGUUUGAAGGUCUUCACUGAGAUGGUUUCUGUAUACCAUAUAACUCCACAAAACGAGCACUAUGGCUGUUUGGUUACUCUGUUCACAAGAUUUGGUAGUUUCAAAGAAGCACUGAGGGUUGUAGCUGCAAUGCCUAUUAAGCCUGAUGCCCAUGUAUUAGGAUCUUUACUAGCCAUGUGCAAGGAGCACCAUGAGAUAGAGCUUGGUGAAUAUCUCUCUAGGUGCCUAUCCAGGUUGGAACCAGAAAACUUGGUAAAUUAUUUAACACUUUCCAACCUUUAUGGAGCUUCUGCGAGGUGGCAGGAGGCAUCAAAAGUUAGAACAGUAAUGAGAGAUACCGGGCUGAAAAGAAAUCCUGGAUGCAGUUGGAUUCAAAUCGGAAGUAAAAUGCAUGCAUUUCUAGCAGGAGAUAGAUCACACCCUCAGAUGGACAACAUAUUGGACACCUUGCUGUGCUUGCACAGGGAAAUGAAAAAUAUUGGUGGUGCUUGUGCACCAACGGUUGCUCACAACAUGCAGUUCGAUGCAGCAAGGACCCUGUGCUCUUAGAACAGAAAUUAACUAGUUGCUGAAUAAAUUAGUGAUAGGGAUGGACCCUUGAGUUUUGAGUAAAACAAAUUUGAAAAUUUUGGACUAGAAUUAUUUGGAGAGAAUUUCGAGAACUUCUACCAAAAUGAAUCCAGAUCUUCUGUAUCCAUUGCUAUAAAGGAUAAACAGUGUUUGAGGAUUUGAGAGUAGCUGUUAAGGAAACCCAGAUUCUUAAUGUGGAUCCUAACGGGGACAAAAGAAUUCAUUUUGAUGGUUACGAAAAGACAGUGAAUCGUUUUGCCAAGGAGGAAGAAGAUGAUGAUGAAGAUGAUGAAGACUUUGAAUCCAUUGGCUGGCAUGAAAUUACACUGAAAAAUUCACCCUCUCAAGGAAAACACACCGAUGUUGAAGUUCUUGCUGAAGCUAGAGAACUCUAUUUACCGCAAAAGGGUAUAAACCUUGUCACUGGUUUGAUGAAUAUAUCCAGUGACAGCAGCUUUUGCGGCUAAAUGCUUCCACACCGGGGGCUCUUAAUUGAUUAUAAGCAGGAAUGGUGUGACUGAGAGUCAGGCAGAUUUGGUUGUGGUUUCUAGUUUGCAAGAUAGACGUCAGAACUCACUCAAGAAGCAGCAUGUCAGUUUGAUAUACCGAGUGUACUAAACAUGGCAGGUGCUGCUGUUUUUAAGCUUCAUUACACCAUAACAAGGUCCACAUCAUAUGCUCAUCAUAUGUAACCUCUUUAGUUUAAGUUCAGGAGGCUGAUGAUGCAUACUAUACACAUGCUAUAAUGUUGAAGUGCGUCUAAAAAUUGAAAACUGCAAUGGCAUCCAGAUUAUUCUUUUCUUUA